GGAAAACAAAAGUUCAUGCGAAAGAAAAUGCAUCUAAUUAUCGGAAGAUAAUCAGGUAGGAGUUUUGUAAACCUUUGUAUGAUUGAUCAACGAGCGGGUUGAAGAAGAUUUGGUAAUUAGGGCAGCGAGAUUAGGUUUUUUAAAUUCAUGGCAUUUUGGAGCAAGAGAGCAAGACGUAGGAUUAUUUUCAAAUGUGAUUUGAUUACAGAGCUGAAAACCUAAAACAAUCAAUUCGAUUGGCUUCAUGUAAAAUGCUUUAACGGUAAAUGGGAUUCAAAAGGAUCAGUUUGGAUGUUAGGGAUUCAAGAGAAAGAGGGCUGCUAAUAAUAAGGACGUGAGCGAUCUUUGGAUGGGGAAUUCAUGUGUUGGGCCAAAUCUGAAUGCUAAUGGAUUCUUACAAUCUGUUAGUGCCGCCGUGUGGCGAACCCGUCCGCCGGAGGACCGGCUGCCUCCGUCGAAGGACGAAAACAGCGGAAAGAGCACGAAGACGGAGGAAUCCAAACAGUCUGAUCGGUCUAAAGGCGACGUUUCUGCAAUGCCAGUACAGAGGACCCCUCCCGAGCCGGUGAAAAUCGGGACAGAGUUGCCGAAACCAAGCGAGGAAGAGAAACCUAGUAGGCCGGAGGAGGGGCAGAAGGGAACAGACGGUGGAAAGCCUAAGAAACCGAGUCACAUGAAGAGGAUGUCGAGUGCGGGGCUGCAAACAGAAUCGGUAUUGGGGAGGAAGACUGAGAACUUGAAGGAGAUUUACACUCUUGGAAGGAAGCUCGGGCAAGGGCAAUUCGGGACGACGUUUCUCUGCCUGGAGAAAGGGACGCAGACGGAGUUCGCUUGCAAAUCGAUUGCGAAGAGGAAGCUGACGACUCAGGAGGAUGUGGAGGAUGUGAGGAGGGAGAUUCAGAUAAUGCACCACUUGGCGGGUCAUCCGAACGUGAUUCAAAUUGUGGGUGCUUAUGAGGAUGCUGUUUCUGUUCAUGUUGUCAUGGAGCUCUGUGCCGGCGGGGAGCUGUUUGAUAGGAUUAUCCAAAGGGGGCAUUAUACAGAGAGGAAGGCUGCUGAGCUUGCCAGAUUAAUAGUUGGUGUUGUGGAGGCUUGCCAUUCUCUGGGUGUCAUGCACCGGGACCUAAAGCCUGAGAAUUUUCUUUUCAUCAAUCAAGAAGAGGAGUCCCCCCUCAAAACCAUAGAUUUUGGGCUCUCUGUAUUCUUUAGACCAGGUGAAACAUUCACUGAUGUUGUUGGGAGUCCAUAUUAUGUGGCCCCAGAAGUGUUGAGGAAGCAUUAUGGUCCAGAAUGUGAUGUUUGGAGUGCCGGGGUGAUCAUCUAUAUUCUGCUCAGCGGGGUCCCUCCCUUCUGGGAUGAAACAGAACAAGGGAUAUUUGAACAGGUCUUGAAAGGCGAACUCGACUUCUUAUCCGAACCAUGGCCAAGUAUAUCAGAAAGUGCAAAAGAUUUGGUCCGAAGAAUGCUUGUCAGGGAUCCAAAAAAACGGAUGACGGCUCAUGAAGUCCUCUGUCAUCCUUGGGUUCAAGUAGAUGGCGUUGCUCCAGAUAAACCUCUUGAUUCUGCUGUCCUGAGCCGUUUGAAGCAGUUUUCAGCAAUGAAUAAACUCAAGAAAAUAGCCAUCAGAGUUAUUGCUGAGAGCCUGUCUGAGGAUGAAAUUGCAGGAAUGAAAGAAAUGUUCAAGAUGAUAGACACUGAUAAUAGUGGACAGAUCACUCUUGAGGAACUGAAGAAUGGUUUGGAAAGAGUAGGUGCUAAUCUCAAGGAUUCCGAAAUUACUAGGCUAAUGCAAGCGGCAGAUGUUGACAACAGUGGUACCAUAGACUAUGGUGAAUUUAUUGCAGGAUGGCAGCUCCGGAAAAGCCACCCUACUUGUCCUGGUUAG